GGAGGGGAGGGGAGUUUAUUGAGGAGAGCAGAGUUGGGUCGCCUCCUGAGAGCUUCCACACAGCAGUCGCAGCAGACAGAGCAGAGCAACAUCCAAGGUACUUUUAGGGGAAGCAAUCAAUCAGUUUCUCUAUCAGUCUCUCUCUGUCUCUCUCAUUGCUCGAGCGACUGCCGAAGCCGAAGGAAUGGAACGUCAGUUACUGUGCUGUGAAGUGGAGACCAUCCGGAGAGCUUACCAAGACUCGAACCUGCUCAACGAUAGAGUUUUGCAGACCAUGCUAAAAGCCGAAGACAGUUAUCUCCCAGCAACGAACUACUUCAAAUGUGUACAGAAAGAGAUUGUACCUUGCAUGAGGAGAAUUGUUUCUACAUGGAUGCUGGAGGUGUGUGAGGAACAGAAAUGCGAAGAGGAGGUUUUUCCCCUCGCUAUGAAUUUUUUGGACAGAUAUUUGUCUGUUGAACCAACAAAGAAGACCCGACUACAAUUAUUGGGAGCUACCUGCAUGUUUCUGGCGUCUAAAAUGAAGGAGACCAUUCCUCUAACCGCAGAGAAGUUGUGCAUAUACACUGACAAUUCCAUCCGACCAAUCGAUUUGCUGCAAAUGGAACUACUAGUAUUGAACAAACUGAAAUGGGAUCUAGCCUCAGUGACUGCGCACGAUUUCAUAGACCAUUUUCUCUCCAAACUACCCAUCCAUCAGGACACCGAGCAAAUCCUGCGCAAGCAUGCCCAGACCUUUGUGGCCCUCUGUGCUACAGAUGUCAAAUUCAUUGCCAACCCUCCGUCAAUGAUCGCAGCGGGCAGUGUGGCGGCUGCUGUGCAGGGGCUGCAUCUGAAGAUGGACGAUGCAAUGUCAUCCCAGCAACUGACUUACUUCCUGUCCCAAGUCAUCAGAAGUGACCCGGACUGUCUACGGGCGUGUCAGGAACAGAUCGAGUCCUUAUUGGAGACCAGUCUCCGUCAGGCACAGCAACACGCUGUUUCCACGGACACCAAGAGCAUGGAUGAGGAGGUGGACCUCUCGUGCACGCCUACGGACGUGAGAGAUGUGAACAUCUGAGUGGGACAGUGUUGUCUGGUGCACUCCAAGGAGAGGCCAUAGCUGGAGGAGAGGGCUGCGGGGAGAGAAGAGGAUGCGCUGAUUGACACUGUCUCAGCAGCACCGCUCCCCGCUUACUGCACUCUCACCUACUUACAUACCUGUGCUCAUAGCACAGGGACUGGUCUGGCCUGGCCUGAACGUCUUGUCUGGCUCCCAACAUGUGUUGUAAGGGAUCAGCCAGGUCUUCCUACAUUGCUCUCUGUCCCUUCACUGGUUUAAGGCAGCAUCAAUUGGGCGUGGUUCCAAAACAAGCUUGAAUAAGAAGAAAAUGAGAUGUAGUGCUGUAUGUGCAACAUAGACAAACUAUAGAAUAAUGAACUAGGUCUUCUUUUUGUUCAACUACAGAUUGAGUACCAAACACCUGCAAUUUCUCACAUAAAAAGCUAGUUUGAAGUUGUUUGAUGACAUAGGCGUUUUAAAGUGUGUUAAUUAAACCCACUUCUAAAGGAGCAGAGGUUUUUGCUGUGCCUGGUUUGUUUGGUAUGUCCAUGCUUGCCUCAACGUUUAACCAACUUUGAGAUAUUGUUUAGAAAAUCGAGUCUUCUAACCUCCUGUUAUUUUUAAAUGGAGAAUGUAACCAUAUACAAUGUCAUUUUGUUUAGCAUACUUUUUUCAAUUAUCAUCAGAGGACUGUGGAUUACCUCUUGUCAUAUCUGCUGACACACUGCAUUCGGAAGACAGCAAGCCAGGCAGUACGGUACAGUUACUUCAGAAUGUCGUCAGGAAGAAGCCUACAUUCUAUUGUACUGAAUACUUGCAGCAUUGCAUUCUGCCACAGAAUGAUUAGCUAGCUGUCCUGUAUGCUCUCUCUAUGUAAGCUAACACAGUCCACUGUCUUUAUAGAAGUGUUACUCUGUGUCUUACUUUCUAAAAACAUUCCAUCAGAAACGCACUUUGGGUCAAUAACUCUUUACUGACUAUUUUUUGAGAAGAAUGGAAUGGUUUGGGAACAACGACAGACCUGCCUCAGGGAUGUCUAAAUGUGGUGUUAUGUGGGAAAGGCAGGACAUAGUAGGAUGUUUUGGGGAAGUCUAAUCUAUUUAUCCAGCUAUAGUACCUGGACCCAAGCUUUCUUAAUAGUAAAGACACAGUGAAAGAUGGCAGUGCCAUCCUCAAAAGAAGGCACCUUUCUAUCAGUUCUCCUCAUGAUAGUUGAUGACAGAUUUGAACUUUUCUAACUGCUUGAAUUGAAUCUGAAGCGUGUAAUUUAUAGUUACAUGAACAACAACUAUUUAUUGCACAAUAUUCUAUUUUCAAGGCCAGUGUGGAUCAUGAUGACAGAAGACUAUUGCAUGUCAAUAUGUCAAACCAUUCAAUACUUUGAAAGGCGAGGUGGAAGUCAACUGAAAAUAUUACUUUAAAAUCAUUGCAUUGGCUUAGUGUCCUGAAUGUUGAGGAAAAGCUCAAAUUAAAAAACUAAAAGUUUAAAAUUUUCCCCUGUCAUCAAAUAAACAUUUAAAAGGCUUCUAUAUCAUUUUGCACAAAUUCAAAUAUGUAUUUUUUGUAUUGUUAGAGAUCUGUGGAGGAUGAAUCUGGAAGACAUAACUGAAGUUGCUAAGGGGUUGCUAAGGGAGUGAUAGGGGGCCAUGAAGUACAGUAUGUGGGUAAACUGCAGAAUCAAUGCGUUUGAUUGUAUAAUGACAGAAAAAUAACGAGUGAACACUCCUUAAGAUGAGGCUGCUAUGGAGGAAUAUUCCCAGCUAAGUUUCACGACUAAAUGACAUUUUAAAAUAAAAUAAAAACAAUGCUUUCUUUUCUUAUCAAUUGUUUGCUGCUACUUUGUAGAUAUUUUUAUUAAAAUGUCAAUAUACUGCCAUGUAAUAAAAUACAUUUUCUCAUAGAAAAUGAUAUGAUAUUA